UUGAUACAAAUUUAUUUUAGGACAUUAUUCAAUAUACUCUUGCAAUCGGAUUUAUGUAAGGUUCGAGCUCUGGAUUUAGUUGAACGUGCAACAACUUCUAUUUGGCCAGGAACAACUAUAUCACUUUUGAAAUUUCCUGUUAUGAAUCCAACACCACUUAGAUUAGAAUUACGGCGUCGACGACUUCUUAAAUUUCGUUCUUGGUUGAUGAAGGAACGUCGGCUUUCACGAGAUAUACUCAAGGAAACGGGUGAUUCAAAAUAUGUCACAUUGCAUGCUUAUGUAGAUAACACAUUCAAGGAUAUGGAUGAAAAAACUCGACCGGUGGCUCCAUCAAAUUUAGCUUAUUUGUCUAAUGAAAAAAUGUUCAUAAACACCGAACAGAAGCUGCGAGACAUAAAAAAACGAAGUUGGACUUUGGAUCAUGAAGCUUUCGCUAAGGGAAAAUGGUGUUAUGAUACUCCAGGCACCGUUAAUAAUGAGCAGGUUUUAAAUAUCUUUACUCUGGAUGAACUGAUUGCCAUACUGCCGAAAAAAAUGAUGGUUCCGAGGACUUUUGUCGUUAAGCCUAAUGAGACUCUUUUGAUCGCAGGCAUUGCGAGAAUAGACUUUCUUGAGUUGACUGCGGAUGAACGAGGACCUACUUUCUUAAGUGUGUUUGCAAAUGAUUCCUUGCCAGUGAAUGUUAUGAAAACAUGUGAAGUGAAGGCAUUUUUUGAGCGAUAUUGGGGAUCUCCGGCACUUGUUGUCCCUUUUGGUAGUACGAAAAGACUUUCAGAUUUCCCAGAGAUGAAAAGUCAAAAAAUAUCCUUCGAUAGUAAUGGUCUUGAAAUUGGAUGUGCAGAUGUCAUAUUUUCAUCAAUAGGAUGGGUUUGUGUGACGGCACCAAAAAGUAAAAUACGAUUAGAAGCCUAUACACCAGGCGGUCGAGGUUUAUCUUUGCGAGUUCCUCCAAUUUUACCUCUAUGUGCAAGUAACAGAGGUCCCAGAAUCGUUGGUACGGCUGCAUAUAAAGUUAAACGAGUAAAAUUACCAGUUAAUAUGACAAGAAAGUGGAAAAAACGGAAUUUAAAGGAAAAUUAA